UAACCAAGGAAAGUCCUUGCUUGUCGUUUGAAAUGCUGAGGAAGUUGCUGCGGAGGAGACUUUUUUCUUAUCCCACUAAAUACUGCUUUGUGGUUCUUAUUUUUUCCCUAGUCACCUUCUCUGUUUUAAUCAUUCAUCAAAAGCCCGAAUUUGUAAAUGUCAGACACUUGGAGCUUGCUGGAGAGAAUCCUAGUAGUGAUAUUAAUUGCACCAAAGUUUUACAGGGUGAUGUAGGUGAAAUCCAAAAGGUAAAGCUUGAGAUGCUGACAGUGAAAUUUGGAAAGCGCCCUCGAUGGACACCUUAUGACUAUGUAAACAUGACCCGCGACUGUGGUGCUUUCAUCAAGAGGCGUAAAUAUAUCGUAGAACCCCUUAGUAAAGAAGAGGCGGAGUUUCCAAUUGCAUAUUCCAUAGUGGUUCAUCACAAAAUUGAAAUGCUUGACAGGCUCCUGAGGGCCAUUUAUAUGCCUCAGAAUUUCUAUUGCAUUCACGUGGACAAAAAAUCAGAGGAUUCCUUUUUAGCUGCGGUGAUGGGCAUUGCGUCCUGUUUCAGUAACGUCUUUGUGGCCAGUCAGUUGGAGAGUGUGAUUUAUGCAUCCUGGGGUAGGGUCCAGGCGGACCUCAACUGCAUGAAGGACCUCUACGGAAUGAGUACAGCCUGGAAAUACUUGAUAAAUCUUUGUGGUAUGGAUUUUCCUAUUAAAACCAACUUAGAAAUUGUCAGAAAGCUCAAGUCAUUCAUGGGUGAAAACAACCUCGAAACCGAGAAGAUGCCAUCCAAUAAAGAAGAAAGGUGGAAAAAACGUUUUGUAAUCGUUAAUGGAAAGCUGAUCAACACGGGGACUAUCAAAAAGCAUCCCCCACUUGAAACACCUCUUUUUUCAGGCAGUGCCUAUUUUGUGGUCAGUAGGGAAUAUGUGGGGUAUGUGCUAGAGAAUGAAAAAAUCCAAAAGUUUAUGGAGUGGGCACAAGAUACUUACAGCCCAGAUGAAUAUCUCUGGGCUACCAUCCAAAGGAUCCCCGAAGUCCCGGGCUCACUCUCCUUAAGCCAUAAAUACGACUUGUCUGACAUGCAGGCGGUUGCUAGGUUUGUCAAGUGGCAGUACUUUGAGGGGGAUGUUUCCAAGGGUGCUCCCUACCCACCCUGCAAUGGGGUCCACGUGCGCUCAGUGUGUGUCUUUGGAGCUGGCGACUUAAACUGGAUGCUGCGCCAUCACCACUUGUUUGCCAAUAAGUUUGACGUGGACGUCGACCUCUUCGCCAUCCAGUGUUUGGAUGAGCAUCUGAGGCAUAAAGCCCUGGAGACGUUAAAACACUGACCACUGGAAGCACUUUUAGAGAUAAUAACAAAGAUACACAAAAUGUACCCCCAUCUGGGUCCUCUGCCUUGUCAACGAGCAUCAGAAAAAUUGUAUGGGGUCCUCUUCGGGGCAGGAACUCAUGUCAAGGAAGCCACAUGGUUUCUGCAGAGCACAAUCAGUUAGAAAGAUUAAAGCAUUAAAUGAUCUAGAGUUACUGUGAGGGGAGGGGUGUUAAAGGAGCCACAAGGCAGGCAGGUGACAAGGCACUGUGGAGACGGGGGCUAGGGUGGCUGGAAAGAGUCCGAUGCAAAAACCAGCCUGUUGAAAGAGCUCAGGGAUUUAACAAAAUUAGGAAAUUUGACCUGUGCCAAAAUUAUUUUGAGAAUUUUAAAUAUGAUGAUUUUUCUGAUAUGAAUAAAUUUAUAGCAACAAACAGUUCUAAGGAUACAAUUGAUCUUGUAUGUUAUAUUUGUUGAAAUAGAAAUUUGAUUUUACUCUAAAUGUCCUUGUGAAUAGUUUACUUUCUGCUGUAACAUUGUGCUGUGUAGUGUGUCUCCGUAUGUCAACUCAGGGAACUUAAUAUAUGGGCUUGAUUUAACAUUAA